GAUGGCUGCCCUUUAGGAUUUGUUAGCGAGGGGAGCAGGCUGCAUUUGCUGGAUUGCUGCAAGGCUGAGGGACGGAAAGAGAUACGUUAAAAGGGCAGCCUUGUGGAUGGCCCCGGAGCAGGCCAGAUGGAACAGGAUAGAACCAACCAUGUUGAUGGCAAUAGAUUGAGCCCAUUUUUAAUACCACAUCCUUCUCAUGUUUGCCAGGUGGAGCCUUUGUCAGUGAAGCUGCAGAAUGGAAGUCCACUAACAGAGAGAACCCAUGCUGAAGUAAAUGGUGACCAUAAGUGGCUACUUUUUAAGAACAGCUAUGGAAUACCUCACGUGAAGGGAAACCCAAAUAACCGUACCAGCCCUGACCUCCUACAGGAAAAGAGAGUGUAUUCCAAGUAUAUGCAAAAUGGUGGGAUAAAACGCACUUUUAGUGAGCCUUCUCUAUAUGGCCUUCAUCAGAACAAGAAAAUUAAACAAGAUGAAGAGGUAAAUGGCAAAAAAGAUGAGCCAGGGGAAAACAAUGAAAAACCAACUGUCUCCAAUUCAUGCAAUGAGAAGGAAUCUGAGAGUUUUACUGGGCAAGAAAAUGCAGCUUCUGAUUUUAUACAGUCUUCAAGAUACAACUGUGAUGGUCCAGAAAAUCCUGAAAAUCUCCAGAUUCAGAAUGAGCAAGAGAGGGAAAACAUUAAUUGCCACAACAAGAACAUUGUCUUACUACUUAAAAACAAGGCAGUGCCAAUGCCUAAUGGUGCUACAGUUUCUGCCUCUUCCAUGGAAAACAUGCAUGGUGAACUCCUGGAAAAAACACUGUCUCAAUAUUAUCCAGACCAUGUUUCCAUUGCAAUGCAGAAAAACACAUCUCACAUAAAUGCCAUUAACAGUCAGGCUACUAAUGAGUUGUCCUAUGAGACAACACAUUCAUCCCAUACCUCAGGGCAGAUCAUUUCCCCACAGACCUCAAACUCUGAGCUGCCUCAAGUGCCAGCUGUAGUGGCUACUGAGGUCUACAAUAUGGAAGACUCCAGUAAACCACCUGUAUUACCAGGUAGCUAUUCACUUCAGAAAUCAGAACUACAGCAACAAAACCCAGGCUAUGAUACACAACAGUUACCUAUAGGAAACGGUAGUGUUCAUGGAAAUAUGGGGCGGGCACCCAACCAAGAUCUCUCGCUAAGUUCCAGCAGUAAUCUGCACGCUCACAACAAUAGCCUGGAGCGGGUUUCAGAGCAAGCAGAAAAAAAUGGUGCUUUGUUUAAAAAAAUGGUGCACAAUUCAAUGUUUAAUAAGGAUUCCUUCACUCCUCCUCCUGCUUCUGCUCCUCCCCCAGCUCCAGAAAUGAACAGCACUCUGUCCAUUGCUGUUACAGAAGGACAUCAACCCUAUGACAACAGAGAUGUUGAAAAUCUUUCUAUAGAAGUGAAGAAUGAAGGGCAGCAGGCAGAACUGAUGUCCAAGAGUCCUAGCCUUGCCCAGCAACAACCUAACUCUCAACAGAAGCUUCCACAGAAGCCUGAAGUGUCACAACAGAGUGGCAGUGAAAGUGAUCUGCCAGCUGCCAUGACGACCUCCAUUCAGCAAUGCACAGAAGAAAUAAAGCCAACAUCAGAACCUCACAUCCAAGAUCUGCAGAUAGUUGGGAACAAUGGAGAGUUGCAGCAACACUAUCAGCAGCCCCUGGGACAAAAAGAACACGAGAUCCCUCCUGAGAAAAGAAAAGACCAAGCGAAACAGCCUCAACAUUAUCCAAAACCAGGUUGGAUAGAAUUGAUUUCCACUCAUUUUCACGAUAGAGACUCCCCCCAGAAGCCCAGUGAGGCUUUAUUGAGGUCAAUUCUCCAGUUCCAGCCAAAUCCAAUGGAACAGAUGCAUUCAAACCAGUAUACUGGGAAUCCUGAUGCAUUAAAAGAGCCGUCAGGACAAUCCCAUAGCCAGAAAAUAAUACAACAGGAACAAAUGCCUCAACUAUACAAAAGCGAGGCAGCACAACUGCAAGUCCAUCCUAUAGCUGACCAGCAGCUGCAGUCCCAAAAGCACUCUCCCCAGCCACAGCUCACAAAGAUGAAUUCUCUGGUGAAGUCCUAUGUGCAGAAACACCAUACGCAACAGCAGCUUCAUUUCCAAGCAAGACAAGAACAACAAACUGAGCAGCCUUUGGCGGGCGUGUUAAAACAGCAGCACUUAAAUCCCCAGACAACAGAGAAUGAACAAUUCUUACAUUCAAACAUUUUACAACAGAUGUUGCAAAAACAACUGUCACACAGUCCACAGUUAACCCCAAACCACCACCACCACCAGCAAGGCCUGCAAAGGAAAAGCAAAGAACUGUCUCAGACCUUUUCCCAUUCCCAAAGUGACAACGAACAGCAAAUAGAUGGGGCAUCCUACAGUCAGCUUAAACAAGAAGAAUGUUUUCAAACCGAGAAUAAGUAUAUAAAACCAACUGAGUUCCCUCAUAACCCUCAGCUUGGACUAGAGCAGGAACAAAGUAGCAACAGUAAAACUUCCAUUUACAAUCAGAUUCUGAAAACAAAUACUAAUCUGCAGCAUCCUGGCCGUAUGCACUUGGUUUCUGAGAAGAAGGAAAACACCAUAAAUGCUGAACUCUUUGGAGUAAACAAAAUGCAGGACUUGCAACAUAUGCAAUUUUAUCCAAAUAGUAUGACCCCAAAGCAAGAGGUGCAUCAUUGCUUUCAAGAACAAGAGCAACAAACUCAACAGGCUUCAGUUAUACAGCGACCACUCCAACAACCAGAGGGAUAUGGUGGGAAUUUGAAACAAGAUAUGUCCAGCCAGCAAGCUACACCAAUUCAGCAAAGGUACUUACCACACAGCCAACAAACUCUCCUACAAGACCAGAGAGGGUGUCACCUUCAUGCUCAACCCCACAAGGAUUUUCAAAACCAUGCUGCUCUCAGGUGGCAUCUCUUACAAAAGCAAGAGCAGCAAAUACACCAACAACUCAAACCUGAAAUUUAUCCCAAUGUGAUGCGCAAGCCUAUAAAAGUUGAGGCUGGCUCAAAGUCUAAUAUCUGCAUGCAUCUAUCAACUGGACAGCUGGAAAACAAAACAUGGAAAAAAACAAUUAAACAAGAGAAUCAGCACUUCAGUUGUGAGAACAUGCAACAAAAGAGUAUCAUUGAGACAAUGGAACAGCAGCUGAAACAGAUUCAGGUCAAAUCACUGUUUGAUCACAAAGCUCUUACUAUCAAAUCACCUAAGCAUGUGAAGGUUGAAACAGCAGGCCCUAUCACUAUCCUAUCAAGAAAUUCUAUUGCUGCAGAAUUUGACAGCCACACAUCAGCCUUAGAUCAACAAGCAAUUCCUUCUGCUGAAAAAACCCCAACUAAAAGAACAGCUGGAUCUGUUCUAAAUAAUUUUUUAGAGUCACCUUCCAAGUUAUUGGAUACUCCUGUAAAAAAUUUAUUGGACACACCUGUCAAAACCCAAUAUGAUUUCCCAUCAUGCAGUUGUGUUGAGCAAAUUAUUGAAAAAGAUGAAGGUCCUUUCUAUACCCAUCUAGGAGCCGGUCCUAACGUGGCAGCUAUUAGAGAAAUCAUGGAAGAAAGAUUUGGACAGAAGGGUAAAGCUAUAAGGAUUGAGAGAGUCAUCUAUACUGGAAAAGAAGGCAAAAGUUCUCAGGGAUGUCCUAUUGCUAAAUGGGUAGUUCGUAGAAGUAGUGACGAAGAAAAGCUGCUUUGCUUGGUGCGGGAACGAGCUGGCCAUACCUGUGAAACCGCAGUGAUAGUGAUCCUUAUCCUGGUAUGGGAGGGGAUUUCCCUGAGUCUGGCAGACAAGCUGUAUUCUGAACUCACCGACACUCUAAGGAAGUAUGGCACACUCACAAACCGACGGUGUGCCCUGAAUGAAGAACGGACUUGUGCAUGUCAAGGGCUGGACCCUGAGACUUGUGGUGCUUCUUUUUCCUUUGGUUGCUCCUGGAGCAUGUACUACAAUGGGUGCAAGUUUGCCAGAAGCAAGGUCCCAAGGAAGUUUAAGCUGCUGGGGGAUGAUCCAAAAGAGGAAGAAAAGCUAGAGUCCAAUUUGCAAAACCUAUCAACUCUAAUGGCACCUACCUACAAGAAACUUGCACCAGAUGCAUAUAACAACCAGAUUGAGUAUGAACACAGAGCGCCAGAGUGCCGUCUUGGUUUAAAAGAAGGUCGUCCAUUCUCAGGGGUCACUGCCUGCCUGGAUUUUUGUGCUCAUGCUCACAGAGACUUGCACAAUAUGCAGAAUGGGAGUACAUUGGUGUGCACACUAACCAGAGAAGACAAUCGUGAAAUUGGCCAAAUGCCAGAAGAUGAGCAGCUGCAUGUACUCCCAUUAUACAAAGUCUCUGAUGUGGAUGAGUUUGGAAGUACUGAGAGCCAGGAACAGAAAAAGAAGAAUGGCAGCAUCCAAGUCCUCAGCUCCUUUAGGCGCAAAGUAAGGAUGCUGGCAGAGCCUGUUAAGACAUGCAGGCAAAAGAAGUUAGAAGCCAAGAAAGCGGCAGCAGAAAAGCUUUCCUCCUUGGAGAAUAGCUCUAGCAAAACUGAAAAAGAUAAGUCUGCAGCAGCACGCCACAAACAAGCCAGCUCGGAGGCUGCAGGUCAUGCAAAACAGUUAGCAGAUCUUUUACGUCUUUCAGGACCAGCCAUGCUACAACAGCAGCAACAUCAACAGCGUACUCUCGCUACCAGCCCUCAGUCAAACCCUGUCAGCUCUUACUCUGGUUCAGGUCCUGCCAACCUUUACAUGAGGCUGCCUAAUCCAGCCAAUGCUCAUCCAAGCUCUUCAUACACUUCAGAUCUCUAUGGAGGGUCCAACCCCAUAAACCUUUAUAGAACCUCAUCACAACCUUCAGGGUCUUAUUUGAAUUCUUCCAGUCCUAUGAACCCUUAUUCAGGAUCACUAAGUCAAAAUAACCAAUAUCCACCUUACCAAUGCAAUGGAAACAUGCCUAUGGACAACUGCCCCUCUUACUUGGGUUCCUAUCCUUCACAACCUCAACACUUGGACUUAUAUAGGUAUCAGAGCCAAGACCCUUUACCUAAACUAAGUCUGCCACCCAUUCAUACACUAUACCAGCAUAGACUUGGGAAUAACCAGAGUUUUGGUUCCAAGUACUUGAAUUAUGGAAACCAAAAUAUGCAGGUAGACUCUUUUAAUAAUUGCACCAAUAGACCAAAUGUACACCAUGCAGGGUCUUUUUCCCCUUACUCCACCCUUGAGGCUGACAGCCACUUUAUGGAUGUUGCCUCAAGAUUAAAAUCUAAUUUUAGUAAUCCAAGUGUGGACUAUACUUCCAUGAAUAAAAAUGGUGAACAUCCCCUACAUCCACCUUCACAUCUAGCACAUGAUUACCACUCAGCUUCAAGUAUAUUCAGUGGUCCUCCUCAUUCACUACAUCUCCAAAAUAAGGAUAGUGAAAUGACUUCACACACAGCUAAUGGGUUGUCUAAUAUGCUUCCAGGUCUUAACCACGAUAGGACUACUCCCCAACAUGGUUUAAAUAAAACUGAUAGUCUGAAUCCAGAAAAAGCAGAGGAUCCUGAUGAUGUCUGGUCAGAUAGCGAGCACAGCUUUCUGGAUGCAGAUAUUGGAGGAGUGGCAGUUGCCCCAUCUCAUGGGUCAAUUCUCAUUGAAUGUGCAAAACGGGAGCUCCAUGCAACGACCCCCUUGAAAAAUCCCAACAGGAAUCAUCCCACCAGGAUAUCACUUGUCUUCUAUCAACAUAAGAGUAUGAAUGAGCCAAAACAUGGUCUGGCUCUGUGGGAGGCAAAGAUGGCUGAGAAGGCAAGAGAAAAAGAAGAGGAGUGUGAAAAGUAUGGUCCCGAUUACGUGCCUCAAAAAUCUUAUGGCAAAAAAUCAAAGCGGGAGCCUACUGAAUCACACGAACCCUCAGAACCAACAUACGUGCGCUUCGUCAAGUCUCUUGCACAAAGGACUAUGUCAGUCACCACAAACUCCACAGUAACUACAUCUCCAUAUGCCUUUACACGGGUUACAGGGCCUUACAACAGAUAUAUAUAACUUCACACCUUUGUUGGUUACCUCAUUUUAAAAAACAAGUUGUCAAUCGAAUAGUUCUCAUUUAGGUUGCAGGGAGGGAUGGGCAGGGAAAGAAACAGUAUUUUCAUUAAACUUGUCAGUGGAAAAACCUCAGCACACCAGCUAAAAGAGGUAAUCUUACCACCACACUUAUUUUCCACUGACUUGUAAGUGGUCACAGAUGGCAUGUGGAAACAAGACCAAAGCAUCCUAUGCAAAAAAACAAAAAAAAACAAAAAAAGUGUUUCACAAUUUGCAUUUAAAAACACUGGCUCCAUUAUUGGAGGAGAGAAUCUGCAAAUUUAACUUUUUUCCUUACAGUUUUGCACAUCUGUGACCACUUUUAAUAAUAUCGACUUUGCAUAGUCAUGGAACAGGAGCAAAAAAUUAAAAUACUGUAGUAUUACAACAGCAGGAAUCUUAAAAUACCAUCUGGUGCUGAAUCUAUGAUGUACUGAAAUACUGGAAUUAUGGCUUUUUAACAUGCAGUUUUUACUGUAAUCUUAAUAGUCUCUUGAUUUUAUUUAACAAAAUAGAUACAUAUAGAACAUAAUGAAUAGACAGCAAAACACUGAAUUUGUUUGGAUAUUCUAAAACAUGGUGCUAUCUAAGAAAAUGGUGUCUUUAUUAUAACCGUUGAACAGUUAAUGCCUUUAUAAUAGAUUAAAAUGUUAAUGGUGUAUUCAAAUAUCCUUGAACAACAGGGGGGACCUUUUCAUUCAUGUUUGUAUCAAAUUUGCCUGUUACUAAAACACGCUUACUUUUUAACAUAUGGAAAUUAAAGACCUCUGGAUUUUGCUCAUCCAGUCAAGUCCUGGUUAAGGGACAAUAAUAUAUAUAGAGAUAUUUUUUUUAAAUAGUGUUUCAGAAGCACUUUGUCUACCUAAGCUUGGCAACUUGAACAGUGCUAAGGUACUAAGACAUUAAAAGAAAGAAAGAACGUUUACUUUGAUUUUAAAAUGCAAAGAAUUUUUUUUAAAGCUUUUAAAUACUUUUGGCUUUAGCCAUACAUCUGCUGGUGGGCUACAUAUCCAUUUUUAAUAAGUCAGUUACAGUAGAAAUGGGGUUUACUGGAUACAAGGGAAUGCUUUAGUACACAACACACAUUUUACUGGUGCUCAUCUCUCACAGCUAUACUGUAACAGUUUUUUACAAUUAUUAUGACAAGUUUAUUGCUCAAAUGAGUACAGUUUUAAGGAGAGAAUUUUAUAUUAACCACAGGUAAUAAUUAGCAGCAUGUGACAGAUUCUACAACUAGUUAGCUUAGGUUUCUGCUAUUUCUAAAAGAUCUGUAUGUUCUUCAGAUAACUGAAUGGCAGAUUGUUUUUGUGUUGAUAAUUAUGUAAAUUGUGGUGUAUGUCAUUUCUCAAUGUAAGUGUCCUCUUUUCCAGGAAGAUUGAGCAGACUGAUGCCUACAUAAAAUUAAUGAAGAAGGGUUAGUUCUGUGUGAUUCCAUUGAUUAAAUGGAGGGGAAAAGGCAGCUGGCUUGCUAUGGUGGUUUUAAAUCAUUAAUUUCUAUUAAAAAAAAAAAGCAAAAGUUGUAUAGUAAAUUAAAUUGUAAACAAAACCUUUUUUAAUGCAAUGCUUUAGUAUUUUAGUACUGUAAAAAUUAUAUAUACAUAUAUAUAUAUACACACACACACACACAAACAUAUAUAUAUUUGGGUUUGAAGCUGAAUUCACAUCAUGGUGCUACUCAGCCUGCUACAAAUAUAUCAUAAUGUGAGCUAAAAAUACAUUAAAAGAUUUGAGUGAUGUUCCUACUUGUCAUAUACCUCAACACUAGUUUGGCAAUAGGAUAUUGAACUGAGAGUGAAAGUUUAUAAUAUUGUAUACCACCUCCCCAGCCCCCCAUAGCCUUUGAAAAAAAUACCUUUUUUCUCAGUACUUGAUAUUUUAGCAAGUAUAACUUGAACUUCAACCUUUUUUUUUUUUCCUAAAAAUUCAGGGAUAUUUCAGCUCAUGUUCUCCUUAUGCCAACAUGUCACCUGUGUGUAUGUAAAGCUGUUGUAGGUUAAUAAAUAUAUUAUUCUUGUGGGUUUUAUUUUAUUUUUUUCAGGGAUUUAACUCUUCUCUUUUGAAUCCCUCUUCUACUUUUACUUGUAUAUGUAUUGAUGUAACAAACUAAUUUUGUAAAUUUGUUAGCUCUUUUUAUUGUAAUGAAAGUGUUUAAAAGUUUUAAACUUGUUUUGCCUAUUUCAAACAAAGAAAGAAAGUAGAAUGCACUGAGCUAAUUAAAGGGAAAAUUGUAAGGCAGAGGUUUGGCAAGUGACCGUUUGCUAGAGUGUUUCAAAUCGCUCUCUAAACAAGCUUCUGGGAUACUGUAAUGAAUAAAAUAAUUUUUUUUAAAAAAGGUACAGUCUGUAUGAGGGCUUCCCUAAACAAGAAAACCUCCAUCACUUAGCUAUUUGUUGUGCAAUAUACUGUAAGAAUGAUCUAAAGACGUUAUCUAGCAGAAUUACAACCUAAUUCUAUUCAAUAAAAGGAGGCCUUUUGGUUUUAUUGGUCAAAUAUUUAUAUUCUGGCAAUUUUUGAAAUUCUUAGUAUGUGGCUUUACCACUAUAAAUAAAAAAAAAGUUUUAAAAUGUUUGUUUUCAUUGAAACAGGAGUUUCAAGUUUUUUAAACCUUAACUAUAAUUUCCUUAUGUAUUAGGUUAAUUAAAUCAUUGUAAAAUUUAAUCUCUUGAUUUUUUUUAUUUGAAUCAUAUCCAUCAUGCCAUCCAUAGUUGAUGUUUGGUUAAUAUGCCAUUCACUGUCAUUUGCCAAACUGCUGGCAAACAAUAGCAGGAAGCUUAGUUGGGGAUUCAAUUAUGUAUUGUAAAUACCUGAACUGUAAUUUAGGUGUACAGAACCCUGCCUCAGAAUGAAUGAAAAAGCAGACAUAAAAUUGCUUGUAUAGGAUUAUCAGGUUGACUAUAGCCAUACUUGAAGAUGCUUCUGAGUGGUGUCAACUUUACUUGAAUGAAUUUUUCAUCUUGAUUGACGCACAGUGGUGUAAAGUUCACUUCUAAAGCUAGUGGUUAACUUGUGUAGGAAACGUUAGCAGUUUGACACUAAGGUAAUGAACUUCUGUGUGUGUUUUCCAUGCUUAUGUUCUACCUUUUUUUUUUUUUAACUUUAGUUUCACUCAUUUUUUAUGAAAUGUUUGGUAAGUCUAUAAAAAUCUGAGGAUGGUUAUAAAUACUGUAAGUAUUGUAAUGUAAUGAAUGCAGGUUAUUUGAAAGCUGUUUAUUAUUAUAUCAUUCCUGAUAACGCUGAGAUGUGGGUGUUUUUAAUAAAAUUUAUA